UUGCAAUUUUAGGGGCCUCCAGGAGCCGCCGUACCUGGAAUGGCGCCCCCCCUGCCCUGCCAACACACAACAACCAAGAUUCCUCCCACCUCGCCGGGAAGUCCUCUCAGACUCUGUUGGCUUGUUCCCACGAACAACAACGACCUCAGGGAUUUCCAAUUUAUUGGUAACGUUGAUCAUUGUAGUCACUGAUCGCUCUUGCCUUCGACGCCGCCGCGUCAGCUGCUGAUUCGGACCCCGCCAUUCGCCAUCGUCAUUGGGGCGCCAUUGGAGAUUACGGGCAGCGUUCACUAAUUAACGCCACUCAAGCCUGAAGCCUGACGAACCAUUUGUAUUCUUCCGUUCGACUCGAUCAAACUACCUCGACCAACGCAGUCCGCGAUUGUUCCCUGGGAAGUUGCCCGUCAUGGCGUCGGUGUCGUCCUUAGAUAAGGACUUGCGCAAGAUGCGCCUCGACAAGUACACGCCCGCCGCUGCAAACGAGGCACGACAAUGGAUUGAAGAGAUGCUAGGAGAGAGGCUGCCGGCCGGUGACUUGCUCGAUGUGCUGAAGGACGGUGUGGCCCUGUGCAAACUGGUCAACCUCGCUGUCGGUCCUCCGGGCGUCAAAUUCAAGAAGUCGGCCAUGCCCUUCGUCCAGAUGGAGAACAUCUCACACUUUCUGCGUGCCAGCCAGGCGCCGCCACUCAACCUCCAGCAGCACGACACGUUCCUGACCGUCGACCUUUACGAGCAGAAAGAUCCGGCCCAAGUCCUCCAAUGCCUCGGCGCCUUUAGUCGUGCCGCCAACAGCGUGAACCCGGCGGCAUUCCCCAUGGCCAUCGGCCCGCGGAGUUCUCGACUGGGUGUGGUGAGCCCUGAACCAACGGGCCCAGGUAGUCCACCCGGCCUUCGCGGCCGCGGCCCCUCCAAUGCUAGCAAUACCUCGUCCCUUUACGGCAGACCUGCCGUGACCCCGGCCAGGACCGGCGACUCCGGGUCCGGCCGCUGGAGCCCCACCAAAUCACCAACCCAGGCCCCCGCAAGCCCCCCGGCUCCCGUCAGCAGCUGGAGUAGGAGGGAACACGAAGGCGCCACAUCGCCGGCUUGGAACAUUGCCCAGUACGGGUACAUGGGCGGCGCAAGCCAAGGGAACCUGGGGAUUGCGUUUGGUGGCCGUCGCCAGAUCACUAGUGCCGGUCCCCACGUUCCGAGCAUUGCUGAGAAGGAGAAGAGGAGGAAGGAACAAGAAGCCGAAGCCGAGAGGCAACGCCAAGAGGAAGAGCGCCGACGGCAGGCCGAGAUCGAGGCUGAAGAGGAGCGAGCCCGGCAGGAGGAGGAAAGGCGGUGGGAGGAGGAGACCCGCCGCGCCCGGGAGGAAGAGCAGAGGCGGUUGGAAGAGGAAAAGAGGCAGUGGGCCGAAGAAGAACGUCAGUGGAAACUCACCCAAGAAAAGAGGCGCAGAGAAGAAGAGGAGGCCGAGGCCCGGCUGAAACAGGAGCGCCAGAACGCACGCAAGAGCAACCCCCAACUGCGCGGACAGUUCCUCAGCCAGUACCAAGCCGAAGAUGAGACGCCGGAACAGGCGCGCAUCAGGCAGCUCGAGCAACAACUCGAACUUGCACGCCAGCGCGAGGCAAGCUACGAAAGAGAGCGCCAGGGACGCUCUCUGCGGCCUGGCACCAGCGAUGACAAGAAGGCCCGGUCACGGUCGCGCAGCCGAGCAGCGCAGCCAGUCUCUAGGCAAGACUCGUGGAGCGUGCGCGACGAGCGCAACUUUAUCGCCAGCCAGUGGACGCAACACCAGCAGCAACUAGAACAGCACGACGAAGAACCCGAUGACGCGGCAAUGUCACCGCCACCCCUUGCAUCGCCGCGACCGCUGCCGAACCCCGCCGCUAUGGCGUCACCUCCCAUGGUUAAGACCCAUCGAACCGGCGAGGUGCCACCGGCCCUCCCGAUCCGGAACCAGCACACGGGUUCGCGUCCCCUACCUAACCCAGUUGAAGCCGGCCCGCCGCCCCCGAUCCGAAACCAACACACCGGCUCGCGGCCACUCCCCAACCCAGCCGGGGCACCACCACCAACCCUCCCAAUCCGGAACCAACAUACCGGAUCACGACCCCUCCCAGUCCCGGUGGUGGAAGCCGCCCCGCCACCGCCCAUCCGAAACCAACACACCGGCUCGCGGCCCCUCCCCAACCCUGUCCCCCCUCCGAACCCCGUCUUCGCAUCAAAGUCCUCCCCCGAAGCCUCGCGCCAGCGCCAGCAACCGCUCUCGCCCCAACCACCCCCGAAACAGACCUUCGCCCGCGAACUCCCCACCUCCACCGCCGACACCCCAUACACCCAACAACGCCGCACCCCCUUUUCCACCACCCCCACCCCCGCUGCCCCCGCUCCAGCACCAGCCCAGAAGAAACAAACCCUCCUCGAGCGCGAGAUGGAGCUCGAGCGCCAGCGCCAGCGCGAGUGGGAGGAGGCCCAGCAGGAGACGGCCGCGCGGGCCGCCGGGCGCGCGGCGGGCGACGGUGGUGGUGAUGCGGGCGGCGUGGACGGUAUCGGGGGUGGUGUUGGUGGGCGCUGGGAUGUCAGCCAGUGGACGGGCUUCACCGGCGGCGAUAGCCAGAAUAAGGGCGCGCAGGGGAUCGGCGCGGGGAGGCGCCAGAUUGUGGGGCCGAGGGGGAUUGGUGGGCCGAGGCCUUUGCCGAAUCCGCCGAGGUGAUGGGGGUGAGUGUGGGGUGGGUUGGGUUGGUUGGUUAGUUGUGUUGUUGGUGUGGGUGUGGGUGAGGAUGGGGUUUGGUGUGGCUCGGGUGUAAGCUGGGUUUGGUGUGGUAACGGA